AUGAAGUCGCGGAUCCCAUUGGCCACACCUGACGCCGAUUUGGUCAGAGGAAUGGCACAGCUCUCGAUGUCCCAGAAGAUACCCAAUGGGACGGUAGUUCAUUUAGAUCACGCCUACUUUAAAAAACAAAUUUUUGAAUCUGAAUACAUUGACGCGGAUUACGUGCAAAAAGUAUUGCUCUCGUAUAGGAGUAACGCAAAUGAUUGGAAAAAGUUUGCUUACUUUGAUGAGUACAGAUAUACAAGAAAUCUUGUGGACAACGGUAAUGAUAAAUACAAUCUAAUGCUUUUGUGUUGGUCUGAAGGACAGGGAUCAGUGAUUCACGACCACUCAGACGCUCAUUGCUUUAUGAAAAUGCUUUCGGGAAGCCUUCACGAAACCCGAUAUGAAUGGCCCGACUCUACCACUGAUUUAAACCAAAUGAAAGCGAUUGAUGAAAACCAACUCAAGACUAAUGAUGUCGCCUAUAUUAAUGAUUCAAUUGGUUUACAUCGAGUGGAGAACCGAAGUGACAGUUGGAAAGCCGUGUCAUUGCAUCUCUAUUCGCCCCCUUAUUCUAAAUGCCAAGUCUUUGAUGAGAGGACUGGACUUAGAAAUCAGGCGAAAGUAACUUUUUAUAGUAAAUAUGGAAACAAAAAGACCUAUUUGUAUAAGCAAUUCAAACAGUUGCACGAAUUUGUAAAACCUUAA